UCGGCUGGCACGGGCAGAGCGAGAGGCUGUACGCCCACAAAAAGAGCUGGAAGGCAGAGGCCACCAAGCAAGCAGGAGCUGGGGAGGUGUGGCCAAGCCGUUCUGCUUGAAGCUGGUCUCCACUGUGGCUUCUGCCUCUCCAGCCUAGGCACAGUCCUGCUUGGAGCAGCAAGACCCUCAAGGAUAACCUCUGGAGCUGCAGGUCCUGUGCAAGCCACCCUGCUACUGCUCCGGCCCAGAUGAAACAGAGAUGGCAUCACCAGCUGGUGGCUCCGGGACACUACGGUCCCCACGGGACAUCCCCUGGGCCAUGGGGAGCCCCCUCCUAGCAGGCAAUGGGUCCUCGGCCUCCAGCCUCUCCUCACUGCAGGCCCCUGGGGCACCGAGCUCCCUGCGGGGGCUCAGCCUGGAUGACUUCAUCCCGCCCCACCUCCAGAAGGAGCUGUCCGCCACCAGCCCCCUGGCUUCUCCCAGGGCCACGUCCACGCCACAGCCUACAUGGACCCCGCUGCGCUGCCGAGUGACAAGGGUGCCCAUGAUCCAGGAUGGUGGCUCCAACACCCUGAACUUCGACUUCCAUGACACAGCACCACGCACGGUGUGCCACAGCACCCCUGAGCAGUGGGGGACAGCCCCAAGGAGCUCUGAGAGUGACUGGUACCAAACCUGGACUGCCAAAGAGCUGAAGGCACCAGGCACCUCCACGCUGCCACGGCCCAGCCCGGCUGGCCCUGCACGUCACCCCAUGGAGAACGGCAUGGCACGGGUGCCUGCCAUGGCCCCCCGGCCAGCCGACUGGUCGGCCACGUGGACCAAGGACAGUAAGAGGAAGAACAAGCGCUGGGUGAAGUACGAUGGCAUCGGGCCGGUGGAUGAGACGGGGAUGCCCAUUGCCUCACGAUCUAGUGUGGACAAGCCGCGGGACUGGUACCGGAGCAUGUUCCAGCAGAUCCAUGGCAAGCUCUCGGAGCCACAGCUGGACUGGGAGUCCCCCCGCAGCUCCACAGACCUGCAGCCUCCGGGGCUUGCGGGAAAGGGCCUGACGCUGCAGAACGGCCUGGACUGGAGGGGCUGUGAUGCGGCUGCAAUGGAGCCCAGGAGCAUUUUUGACUAUGAGCCUGGGAAGUCAUCUGUUCUCGACCACCCUGCCCCGGCAGCAGAGCCCGGCUCAGGAAGUGCUGACAGCUGGUACCAGUUUCUGCAGGAGCUGGAGACUGGGAGCCUGCCCAGGAAGCGCCUGGCAGAGUCUCCUGUGGAGCGGCGCCCGCCAUCCCAGCCCAUCGAGGUGCAGCUGGAGAGGGAGCUGGAGCAGCUGAGCAGGCAGCUGGACAAGGACAUGAAAGCCAUGGAGGCCCGUCGGCAGCCUGGCAAGCGCACGCCGGAGGUGCUGGCUGCCCGCUCCCCUGCCCCGGCCUCUGCCAGCCGCAGCCCACAGUGCGCCCGCCGUGCUGACCCAGCCUUGGGGCAGAGCCCGCUGGCUGCCCGACGCUACCCACCUGCCAGCCCCAGCAUGGAGAGAGGGGGCCUGGGUUUAGCCCCGGUGGACUGGAGUAGCUCGCCCACCUGGAAAGACUCCCCGCAGCAUCCUGGGAACAGCUCUUUGGCUGAUGGGGUUCAGGCCCUGGCUGAGCUGGAUGGGCCAGUGAAGAGAGAGGAGAAGAAGAUGAAAGCCGCUCGUGUCAAGUUCAACUUCCAAGCUGAGUCCCCAAAAGAGCUGACACUGCAGAAGGGCGACAUUGUCUACAUCCACAAGGAGGUGGACAGGAACUGGCUGGAGGGUGAGCACCACGGCAGGCUGGGCAUCUUCCCGUCCAACUACGUGGAGGUCCUGCCUCCCACGGAAGCCCCCAAGCCCAUCAAGCCCCCAACCAUCCAGGUGCUGGAGUACGGGGAGGCCCUGGCACUGUACGGCUUCAAAGGGGACCUGCCGGUAGAGCUGUCCUUCCGUAAGGGUGAGCGCAUUUGCCUGGUCCGCAGGGUGGACGAGAACUGGUAUGAGGGGCGCAUCUCUGGCACCAACCGCCAGGGCAUCUUCCCGGCUACCUACGUGCAGGUGGUGAAGGAGCCGCGUGUCAAGGCCUCAGAGGAGUUCCCCUCCUCCCCUGGCCCGGCCCUGCCUCUGUCCCCAGGCCCGCUGGCCCAUGCCAGCUCCCCACUCCAGCGGUGUGCGCCCAACAGCUGGCAUGCCAGCCCCUCACCCCCAUUGGUCUCAGGCUCUCCCUCAGCCCAGCGGCGCGGUGCAGAGGGGACCGCUCUCUCCUCCUCCCCGCGCCACUUUGGCUUCACUUUCCCAAGCUCCCCGAAACUGCAGCAUGCUGGAGCAUCACCCAGCCUCCCUCAGAGUCUCCCACUGGCCUCUGGAGGUGCUGCCUUGCUCUCCACCCAGAGCCUGGGUCUCAGGAGCCCACAGCCACUGUCACCCUGCCGGCUGCAGGAGACUCAGCAGCCGGUGGUGCCUUCCUUGCCGGUCGGGGCCCCCGUCUCCCCGCAGAGCUCUGCCCUCCAGACCUCAGGACCUGCCAGCUCCUGCCCCGUGGCUUCCCCAUCCAGCAAUGGCUCCAACAUCCAGUGGACGCGGUACCGGGCACUUUACCAGUACAAGCCCCAGAAUGAGGACGAGCUGGAGCUGCGUGAGGGUGACCAGGUGGACGUCAUGCAGCAGUGUGAUGAUGGCUGGUUUGUGGGCGUGUCCAGAAGAACCCAGAAAUUCGGCACCUUCCCUGGCAAUUACGUUGCCCCCGUGUGACCAGUGCAUCCACCCUCUCGCCCCAGCGGGGACCACAAGGAAGCUGCCUCAGCACCUCCAGUUUCUCCAGCCAGGCCCGAGGCAAGGGCCCAGCUGACCCGGCCACGACAGGCCCUGGAGACACGGAAAGCAAGGAGGAGAUGGGGAUGGACCUGCUGCAGCCCUGUUCCUCUCCCCGGGGGGCUUCUGGGCACUGGGUGCUGCCUCGGGGAUGGGUGCUCGACAGGGGAGGACCCCGCUGUCUGGGCAAAAAACCCUCCUGCCUGGCCCUGACUCGGUCACAUAGCUCUGCUUUUCCAGCUCUGUUUGCUGGGACCGGUCCCCUGCCUUAACCUCCCACUGGGGACCAGUCCCCUGCCUUAAUCCCCUCCAUGGAGCACCUACUAACAGGGACCAAGAGAUCACUGUGAUGGGCCUGCCUCAGGGGUCUCCCUGGCACAUAGACCUCCUUCCUGUGUCUGACUGGAGCUACCUCUCAGCCUGUGCCUUGUUUCAGCAGCCAGGAAGGUAGCUGGCAGCUGGAGCGCUGAAGCCAGGGCCGGCUUGUUCUUCCUCUGCUCCAGCCCCAGCCCUGGGAAGGCCCGUUCCCCAAGGGAUGCAACAAGCAACUUGCCAGCCCCCACGGGAGCCCCUGGAGCAUGGGUUGGGAACCCCAUGGGCCAUGCUGGAUCCCAGGUGUACGCACGGGCGACAGUCGUGAGACCAUGAGUCCCUUUUGCCGCAGAUGGAUGGGGUCGUGGCAUCAUCCAACCUGAUGGAGCUGCGUGUCGGGGACUGCGCCCCUCACCUCCAAGCCUUAUCUGCUUGUUCUCUGUGAUUAAACAAAAGCCUCCCCGCA